GAGGUUGAUUACAAGCAGUUUGCAAAGAAUUUAGGAUAUGUCCAGAUGAAAUUCAAUUUCUGCAAGAAACCAUCACAGAACCCCCCAGCUCCGAAGAACAGGAGAUUGGUCAGGAACAGGAAACGAGAAGCUCAUGAGAAGGCAAGCAGGGAGCGGAAAAUUCAAUUCUUUAAAAUCUCUGAUGAUCCCCGAAUGAAAGGGAAUUACUCUAGAAGCAUCUCUGAAGCAGAAAAGGAGGCCUGGGCUACAUUCUAUAAAUAUGGAUUACCACUAAAAAUAUUGACAGAUUCUUGCUAGAUCACACCUCUGGGGUCAAGCUUUCUGAAGACUAAUACAUGAGUUAAUAUUUGUCAGAAACAAUAUAUGAUAUUAAU